AUGACACCGCGUCGGCGCUCGAGUGGCCUUCGUCGGUCCAACGCCGUUGAUGCCCUGAACACACCCGACGACGCGUUCUCCUUCCACCCGACGCAGAUCAAGGAUAUGCCGCACAUGUUCACGCAGGCCAUGGCGGGAACGCCACUGCUCAUGGGUGGCUCCCACGUGCAUGCCAGGGACGAGUCUUACCAGUUCCAGCACGACCAUAGCAUCGACCAACAUCCAUACCAACUCAGCGGUGACAACAUCAACCACCUCAACCACAGCAACCACAAUCAACACGUUGAAAGCGACAGCGGCAGCGAUGAAACGAGAGAAGACUCAUCUGGGGAUGACAGCGACGAGAGCGCCAGCCAAGGAAGGGAUGAGGAAGAUGACAGUCUGGAGGAUGGGGAGCAAGAACAAGAACAAGAGGAGGAGGAAAAGGCAUGGCGACCACCUGCGCGCGUGCGUCGACGAAGCUCCCACGUGUUCUCGACAUCGAGCUCCGAAGGGCCGCACUCGCAGUUUGAGGAAGAGGCUGUAAUACCACCAACGCGCGUUGAGACCUGGACCGCGGCUGGCGUUGCCAGGUUGGGGCCGAGGCCACUUCGGUUCCGGUCUGAGCUCGUGCGGCACGACAGCCACGAUGAUGGCGACGAAAACGUGCUGUUUGGCGGGCACCUGCCCACGCCGCGGUCUCGGUCCGGCAGCGUGACCACGCGCCCAGAUCGCACGCGCGAGCUGUCGCAGGAGGAGAAGGAUGCACGACGCGAGCGCACGCGGGCCAACUUUCGCCGCAUUGUCGACCGGGUGCGCUUUGCAAACAAGGUGUUCUUCACAGGCGCGCCGCCGUACCACCGCUUCGUCCCACGCAUGCUCUACCGCUUCCUCUCGGAGCACCUGGACACGCACACGCCAUUUGAGAACGGCACGGUGGAGCACGGUGCUGUGCUGUUUGCAGACUGCUCUGGCUUCACCAAGCUCACGUCACAGUUGGCAAAGAAAGGCAAGGACGGCGCCGAGCAGCUGUGCGACAUCUUCAAAGACUUCUUCCAACUCAUCAUUGACAUCGCACACAAGUACAAGGGUGACGUAAUCAAGUUUGCUGGCGAUGCGGUGACAAUUGUCUGGUUCAAGGACGACGUCGCUCCAACACGCGACAUGCACGCAGGGCUCACCCUCUGCGCAAGACAUGCGGCCAUCUGUGCGCUGAAGAUGCUUGAGAGCUGCCCCUAUGUCGCCAUUGACGAUCCAGACCCGGCAAAGCGCGUCGAGCUCAACCUCCAUAUUGGCCUUGGCGCGGGCUCGUUCACCUCCAUGCAAGUUGGUGGCGUCUUUGACUCGUGGGAGUACGUCCUCGCCGGUCCCCCGCUCACACAAAUCUCCAUCUCGGAGCCCGCUGCCAUGUCUGGACAAGUCGUCGCAUCCCCAGAGGUUGUAGAUCUGCUGGGAACAUUUGCGGAGUUCACGCAACCCGACGUGGUGCCGCUUGUACCGGCCGUGCACAAAGGUGAAGAAACAUCACCUGCUGAUGUUGCCAUUGUUGCUGUCAGUGUUGUGGGGCAGCUGCACGCGCCAUAG